AAAAAAGCACAAAGAGUACCGAGUACUCUUCACUGACCUCUUCGAAUUUCGAAUAUCUAAGAAAUUACGAGGGAGGGUGAGUGCACAGAGAAACCUAAGACAAACCCCCCGAGUGAUCUCUCUGUUUUCUCUUUUGUUUCCCAAACAUCAACAAAGAAAGAAAGAAAUGGAGUUGGACCCUGAUGACGUCUUUAAAGAUGACGAAGACGAUCUCGAUAGCGAAUUCUAUCAGCAAAGAGAAUCGUCGAAAGAAUUCGUGGUCUACCUUGUCGAUGCUUCCCCCAAAAUGUUCUCAUCUACUUGCCCUUCUGAGGACGGAAAGGAAGAAACUCAUUUCCACAUAGCUAUCAGUUGUAUCGCGCAGUCAUUGAAGACCCAAAUAAUUAAUAGAUCGUAUGAUGAAGUUGCAAUCUGCUUCUUUAACACUAGGGAAAAGAAGAACUUGCAGGAUCUAAAUGGUGCUUUUGUAUUUAAUGUUGCGGAGAGAGAGUAUCUAGACAGGCCAACUGCAAGACUUAUCAAAGAUUUUGAUUGCAUAGAGGAAUCAUUCACGAAAGACAUUGGCAGUCAGUAUGGUAUUGUGUCUGGGUCUCGGGAGAAUUCCCUUUACAAUGCUCUCUGGAUAGCGCAAGCAUUGUUGCGUAAAGGAUCUGCGAAAACAGCUGAUAAACGGAUUCUUUUAUUUACAAACAAAGAUGAUCCUUUUGGGAGCAUCAAGGGUGUAGCCAAAGCAGAUAUGACCAGGACAACAUUGCAGCGAGCUAAAGAUGCACAAGAUCUUGGCAUCUCAAUUGAACUUCUCCCCUUGUGUCAACCUGAUGAGGAGUUCAAUGUUUCACUUUUCUAUUCUGAUUUGAUUGGGUUGGAGGGUGAUGAACUUGCUCAGUUUAUGCCUUCAGCAGGGCAAAAAUUGCAAGAUAUGAAAGAUCAGCUUAGAAAACGAAUGUUUACAAAGCGAAUAGUAAGAAGAAUCACAUUAUCAAUUGCAAAUGGAUUGUCAAUUGAGCUGAAUACAUAUGCUUUGAUUCGUCCAACUUUGCCAGGGGCUAUUACGUGGCUUGAUUCUGUCACCAAUCGUCCUUUGAAGACCGAGAGAUCUUUUAUCUGUGCCGAUACUGGUGCAUUGAUGCAAGAACCUGCAAAACGAUACCAGCCUUACAAAAAUGACAAUAUCAUGUUGUCUGUUGAGGAGUUGUCUGAGAUCAAAAGAGUUUCAACGGGACAUCUUCAUCUUCUUGGAUUCAAGCCCUUAAGUUGUUUGAAAGAUUAUCACAACUUGAGGCCUUCGACAUUUGUUUUUCCUAGUGACAAGGAAGUAAUUGGUAGCACUUGCAUUUUCAUUGCCUUGCUUAGAUCCAUGGUAAACCUUAAACGUUUUGCCGUUGCAUUUUAUGGAAGCUCAUCUCGUCCUCAACUGGUUGCCCUUGUUGCACAAGAUGAGAUUAUUAGUGCUGGUGGUCAGGUUGAGCCACCGGGAAUGCACAUGAUAUAUCUUCCCUAUUCUGAUGAUGUCAGGCAUGUUGAAGAGAUUCAUUCAGACACAAAUGCUGGGGCACCUCGAGCUACUGAUGAACAAAUUAAAAAGGCUGCUGCUUUAAUAAAACGCAUUGACUUGAAAGAUUUUUCUGUAUUCCAAUUUGCUAACCCUGGUUUGCAGAGACACUAUGCAGUUCUGCAGGCCCUAGCUCUGGAUGAAGAUGACAUGCCAGAAAUCAAUGAUGAAACACUUCCUGAUGAAGAAGGCAUGGCCAGAUCAGGAGUUGUUAAAGCAGUUGAAGAGUUCAAGCUUUCUGUCUAUGGAGAAAAUUAUGAUGAGGAAAGUGACAUGGGCAAUGGAAAAGCAAGCGACGCCUCCAAAAAACGGAAAGCAGCUGCUGAAAAUGCAGUUAAGGAGUCUGCAAACUACAACUGGCCUGAUCUUGCUGACAACGGACAGUUGAAGGACUUGACAGUAACGGAGCUGAAGUAUUACUUGACAGCGCACAAUCUUCCUGUUACAGGGAAGAAGGAAGUUUUGAUAAGCAGGAUAUUAACUCAGUUGGGAAAGUGAGGCUAAUCCAGCAGCAGCUCCUUUUCCAGCAUCCAGUUGUGGUUUUGCAAUGAUGGUGAUACAUCGCACUGUACACCAGUUACAUCUUUAAGAGGCUAACUUAUCUGCUUUUUGGGAAAUUGAAACGCGAGCAUGGCAGGCAGCCUUCUGCGCCAUUACAAUACAGGCCAGCUGAGCUUUUGCGUUUCCUGUGUACAGGAGUUGUAUUGUAAUGAUGAGUAUCAGUGCCUAAAAAUGCCUUGCUUUUACAAGAGCAGGAGGGAUUCGCAGCAUUAUCA